UUCUGCCUCCUACCAACAUCGGUCCACCUUCCUCUUGGUCAAAAGCAGCGGCUGAAAAAGAAAACGUGUUCUGUAUCUUUUUCUGACACCGUUCAGCUGUAAAUCUGUGUUUGGAAACUUGUUUCAGCUGAAUUCAGUUGAUAAGAAGUAUUGGAAGUAGAUCACCAAAGGAAUGUUUAAGCUUGGGCUCACUGUUCUGAUUUGAUUUGGACUUUGUUCCCCUGGACUGGAGGCUCCUGCAGAUCUCAGAAACAUCACAGCUUCUCCUGGAAAGGAUGCCACCAUGACAUGUCCAGAUGUUGAUAGGAAGAGCUUCAUAACUGUGGAGUGGAGAAGAGCUGAAGAUGAUGAACAUGUGAUUGUGUUUAGAAAUGGAAAAAUUACUCCUGUAGACCAGCAUCCAUCUUAUAAAGACCGUGUGGAUCUGCAGAUGAAGGAUGGAAACGUUUCUUUGGUUCUGAAGAACGUGACGAUUAAUGACAGCGGAACAUAUGAGUGCAGAGUUCUGACACAAGAAAACGGGGAGAUGAAACACAUCUGCAGCAUCUACCUGGAUGUUCCUCCUCAAGGGAACCUGGAUGGAAGUAAAGGCGAUGGAGGGAACAACAAUGGAUCUGGUCAAUUUAUCCUUGGUGGGGCCCUAAAAGUGGCUGCUGCUGCUGCUACUUUUUCCUUUCUCAUUCUUGCUGCUGUUAUUAGGAUAGAGAGAAACACCGAUUUAAGCCAGAACUCCCCAACACCUCCUGAUGAACCAUCUCAGCACGUUUGAAUGGAUCUAAUGUCUGAACAACAGAACUCUGAUGGUCCUGAAGAUGUUUCUGAAGACUAGAGACACAGAAAACACAGCUGGACAUAAAACUAAUAAAUCUGAGCAUUUAACUCCUUUUAUCAAGCUUACUGUAUCAGUUUGUUCAGAACCAAUAUGAGCCCUAUAUGACCCAAUGAUUUCUACAUUCAUUUAGUGAUAAAGUUAUUUAUCUUUGAUUAGAAAAGUUGCUAAAUAAUCCCACCAAAUAUCAAUGUUAUGUAUUAAUCUUUAUUUUAAAGUUCUGUGAGACAAAUGUCCCUCAUGAUCAAUAGAUCUUGUCCUUAUUUUUAUAUAUUUACCCACCAGGUCACAGAGGAAGGACAGGAUGUGAUUUUUAAAAAGUGACAUUUUCCACCCAGUUUGUCUUUUUUUACUUAUUUUAGAUCAAACCAACUCUUCUUUA